GCCACGCAGACAGAUGUGCAAGAUGUCUGAGCGCUCUUUUCUUCACUUUAUUCUCUGUCUUCAAGUUCUCGUUGCCUUUCUCAAUUUGAUUUGUGCAAGCGAAUCAACUGAUGAGAUUAAAAUCGAGGUUUUGUUCUUGCCGGAAAACUGCACCCAGAAAGCGAGGAAGGGGGAUUUGUUACACGCACAUUAUGAUGGAUUUCUGGCCAAGGACGGAGCUCAGUUCUACUGCAGUCGCUCAGCUAAAGAUGGACAGCCUCACUGGUUUGUUCAUGGGGUUGGGGAGAUCAUCAAGGGCCUGGACAUGGGCCUGAAAGACAUGUGUCCUGGCGAGAAGCGAAAGAUCACAGUACCUCCUUCAUUAGCAUUCGGAGAGAAAGGGAAAGAUCCUGUGCCACCCAAUGCAACUGUGAUCUUCGAGGUGGAGCUUUUGCAUGUGCGACGAGGACCACGCAGCAUGGAAGCCUUUAAGGAAAUGGAUCGCAACAAUGACCGGACUCUUACAAAAGAAGAAGUGAAAGAACACUUAAAAAUGGAAGCAGAGAAGUUAAACGUGCAGAAAGAAGAGUCCUAUUUCAAUGAUGUUGUGACUGAUGUCUUCCGCCGGCAUGACCAGGAUGCUGAUGGAACUUUGUCCAUAAAAGAGUACAAUGUCUACGAGCACGAUGAGCUUUAGCUGCCAGUAGACAUUGCUGUUCCUCAGAGACAUUUUUAUGUAAGUGGGGUGUGGGAUAUUUUUUAGGAGGAGUGUAAUAAAAUACCACUGGGAUUAUGCAAACUUUUAAUAAAAAUGAUAAUUGUU